GUUUGUUUUCUGAGCUGAACCGAGAUCAGACGCCCAAUUUCAGGAUGCAUCCGCCUAGGGCUGAAAUGUGUAUGAAGAGGAGAAAGUGGGGCUGAUCUUAAGCCUGAACAUUAUAGUCUUCAUCCAUCUGGCCAGCCUGCCUCUUCAGAUUGGUGAUCAUCCCCCUCUCCCCUUGCCAACAUGCUGUGCUGGGGUAACGCAAGAGAUGGACAGUUGGGUAUCGGUCUGGAGAGGAACCUUGUGUUUGAGCCAAGGAACUGUCAUGUGUUCAGUGGCAGAGGACUGAAAGAAGUCGCAUGUGGAGGGCAACACUCAUUGUUCCUGCUGCAUGAUGGUACUGUGUACUCAUGUGGCUCCAACAGCUGGGGCCAGCUGGGCCACAACAAACCAGGGACUUGCCCAGAGGCAGUAGCAGCUCUGGAUACGCAGAAGAUAACAACGUUGUCGAGCGGUUGGGCCCAUUCUAUGGCGGUGAACGAGCAUGGUCAAGUAUUUGCCUGGGGGGCUGGUGAAGGGGGUCAACUUGGCCUGGGGACUGCAGAGGUGGCUGUUCGAAUCCCGAGGUUGGUCAAAAGACUGUAUGACCAUCACAUCUCCCAAGUCAUGUGUGGAAAUCAGCACUGCAUCGCACUUUCUAGAGAUGGCCAGCUGUUCACAUGGGGCCAGAACACCAGUGGUCAGCUUGGCCUGGGUAAAGGAGAGCCCAGCAAACUGUUCCCUCACCCCCUGAAGUCUCUGGCAGGAAUUCCAUUGGCACAGAUAACUGCUGGAGGAGACCACAGCUUUGCCCUCUCCUUGUCUGGAGCUGUGUUUGGCUGGGGCAAAAACAGAGCGGGACAAUUGGGUCUCAAUGAUAGACAAGACCGUGCUGUCCCUUGCCACAUCAAAUUUUUGAGAUCUCAAAAAGUUGUUUACAUCAGCUGUGGCGACGAACACACUGCAGCACUCACAAAGGAUGGCGGCUUGUUUACAUUUGGAGAUGGCACGUGGGGUCAGCUGGGUCACGGCUCCAACAACAAUGAACUUUUACCCAGACGAGUGAUUGAGCUCAUGGGCACUGAGGUCUCCCAGAUCACCUGUGGCAGGCACCACACGUUGGCAUUUGUGCCUUCCUCUGGUAUAGUCUAUGCAUUUGGUUGUAACAGCCACGGCCAGCUCGGCACAGGGCUCUUCGGGGAUGCUAGAAGCCCGUUUCCUGUGAAGAACAGUUUCCUCGCUGGUGGUUUUCACAGACCAGAAUCAAAACAAUACACAGUGAACAAAAUCAUCUGUGGGGGAGACCAUAGUUUCCUAUUGUACUCUAAUGAACAGAGCUCAGCACCCCCAGAAGACUUCAGAGUAUUUAAUGUCGGUAAAAGCCUCUCCCCAAUCAAUUAUGAAAAGUUAAAUUCUUGGCGGUUAAAACUGAUGUACAGCACAGAUUCAAGUGUCACAAAUGACAUUAUAAUUCAACUCUCCUCCACGGCUUGUUGGAAUGCCAGCUUCUUGGACCAAAGUGAUGAUACACACUUCAAAACCAACCCAAAGAUCCCAGGCAUUGAUCUCAACUCUGUACGACUGAUAUUUGAGACACUCAGCAAACCAGCUUUCUCUGAACUUCUGGAGCAGGCCAUAAAGAGUUUUGAGAGUCUGUUGAUCCCUCAGCUACCACACUCUCCUCCUGAUGUCGAGGCCAUGAGGAUCUACCUCAUCUUGUCUGAGUGUCCGGCCUUGCAGGACUCCAAUAACUACAUCCGCCUCACUAUCCCACUGGCAAUGGCCAUCCUGCGGCUCGACACCAACCCCAGCAAAGUAUUGGACAACUGGUGGUGCAUUGUGGACAGCAGCGUGUUUACCAGAAUGGUUGACAUGUACAAGCGCAUUGUGGUGUUUAUGCUAACAGGAGGAAAGACGCUGCUUGUGCCGGUGUUCUAUGAGAACUAUUUUGUUGCUACAUUGAGGCUGCUGGAAAAACUCCACAAGGUAAACAUAAAGGCCCACCAUGUGGAGUACAACUGCUUUUACAUCCCAGACAUCACCAGCCUGGUGGACAUUCAGGAAGACUACCUCAAAUGGUUUCUGAAUAAAGCUGAGAUUAAAAUGGAAUCAUCCCCGUCUCAGAGUGACUUUCCCUCAGUGAACCUAUGUGCCUACCCGUUCAUACUGAACGCCCAAGCCAAGACAACUAUGCUGCAAACAGAUGCUGAACUGCAAAUGCAGAUGGCAGUAAGUGGUGCAAACCUACACAACGUCUUCAUGCUGCUCACACUGGAACCCCAACUUGCCAGAAAUCCUUAUCUGGUGCUCCAUGUGCGCAGGAACUAUUUAGUAAGUGAUACUCUGCGUGAGCUCACCAUGUACUCUGACGUGGACCUCAAGAAGCCGCUCAAGGUGAUCUUUGAUGGAGAGGAGGCCAUAGAUGCAGGGGGAGUGACUAAAGAGUUUUUCCUGCUGCUGUUAAAGGAGCUGAUGGAUCCUGUUUAUGGGAUGUUCACCCAUUACAAAGAUUCCAACCUGCUGUGGUUCUCAGACAAAUGUUUUGUAGAGCAGAACUGGUUUCACCUGAUCGGGAUCAUCUGCGGUCUGGCCAUCUAUAACUCCAUUGUGGUAGACCUCCACUUCCCCCUAGCCCUCUACAAGAAGCUGCUGAAUGUAUCACCAAUGCUGGAGGACUUCAAGGAACUCUCCCCCACUGAGGCCAGGAGUCUACAACAGCUCCUGGACUAUGAAGGAGGUGACGUGGAGGAGACGUUUCUUCUCAACUUUGCUAUCACCAGGGAGAAUUACGGUGUGACAGAGGUCAAGGAGCUGAUCCCAGGUGGAGAAUGCAUCAGUGUGGACAGGAACAACAGGAAGGAGUUUGUGGAGGCCUACCUAUGCUACGUCUUCUCAGACUCGGUGAGCGAGCAGUACUCUGCCUUCUCCUCUGGUUUCCUGAAGGUGUGCGGGGGUGAGAUCCUGCUGCUGUUCCAGCCGUCAGAGCUGAUGGCAAUGGUGGUCGGCAACACCAACUACGACUGGGAGGAAAUGGAGAAGAAUGCCGUUUACAAAGGUGAAUACACGGCCACUCAUCCAACAGUCAGAUUGUUUUGGGAGGUUUUCCACGAGUUCCCUCUGGACAAGAAGAAGCAGUUCUUGUUGUUUCUGACCGGCAACGACCGCAUCCCCAUCCACGGCAUGGAGAGCUUGCGCAUCAUCAUUCAGUCCACCACGGCCGAGGAGCACUACCUGCCAGUGGCCCACACCUGCUACAACCUGCUGGACAUGCCGCGCUACCAGACCAAAGACACCCUGCGCCACCGCCUCACUCAGGCCGUGGAGCAGUACGAGGGCUUCAGCCUGGUCUGAAGCGUCGCAGGAGAAUCUGCAGCGGUUUGAAAUCGAAAGCACUUUAACAGCAAUACACGUCGCACAUGUCGGUGUCAAAACAAUGUGACAGGAAGCUGGGGG